CACCUUGUGGAUUCGUGGAUUUUGUCAGUUAAGCUUCUUUUCGCCAUUCGGAACAACUGUGCUUUCGAAAAAUCUCCGAAAAUUGCCGAAGAAUUACGAACCCUUCUUUCCUGUCCUCGAAUUCCUGACGUCACUGUUCCGUUAACAUUACAGUACAGUCAUCGUCAGGCUUUGGUGAUAAGGUACGACAACGACCUGAUUGGUGACUUCCUGAUUUCACAACGUUGAUUAUCCAGAGGAAACAAGCAGACUUUAAAGAAACAUUUAAAACAAGCGUGUGUGGUUCACUAUUGGUGAUCUAAACAAGCCAAGAGGAUUUUUUUAUUUGAUAGAGUUCUGAAACCUAUACUACACGGACUGCACAAGUCAACGCCCUCGUAUCAAGUUCUAGUAUCCAAGUGAUUUAAAAAUGGAAACAUGUGGAGGAAAGUGUGCCAAAUAUCUUCUGUUUUUAUACAACAUUAUUUUUGUGAUCUCUGGCGCAGGUAUCUUGGGAGUAGGUAUCUGGAUUAAAGUGAAUAAGGACAUCGAACAGCUGUCCAAGCUCCUGGACGUGACGGUUGACGGGACACUGUACACAGCUGCAUAUGUCCUCAUAGGUAUCGGUAGCUUCGUCUUCCUCAUCGGCUUCCUUGGUUGUUGUGGAGCUGCAACGGAGAACAAGUGCCUGCUGGGAUCGUACAUCGUCUUUCUGGUAGUGAUAUUUGCAGGAGAGUUAGCUGCUGGAAUCCUUGCAGCCGUCUACAGAAAUGAGGUUGUUGAUGGGCUAGGGACAAGUUUGAAUAGUACCUUCUCCGAUUAUAAGCCAAAGACAAAUACUACCGAGGGGAACGCCCUCGCCAUCGCGUGGGAUUAUGUUCAAGUCUGGUUUAACUGCUGCGGCGCUUACAAUUACACGGAUUACAGAGUGGUAAAUUUCUCUACCCCUUCGACAUAUGUCCCUGAUACAUGCUGCGAGCUAAAGAACAACGAUCCUUUGAAUCCCGAACCGAAAGAUCGGGAACAGUGCCAAUUAGACGCAGAAAACGGCGACAGUCCCGAUGGCAAUUUACAUAUGGAAGGCUGCUUUACAGGCGUAAAGGACACGUUGAUGUCACACACAGGUAUAAUGAUUGGCGUCGGGGUCGGAAUCGCAUUCUUACAGUUCCUGGGAAUCGCUUUAGCCUGUUGUGUCUGCCGUGGUGGGAAGAAUAGGAAAGACUAUGAACAUUAGUUCCAGAAAGGUUCCCAGAAACUUUUCAUCUUUUGUCAGUGUGUAGAUGUGACCUUGUAUAACUCGCAGCCCCAGCAUAGGAAUCCAGACCGCUCAAUGCAUGCAUGACAUCAACGCAGCAUGCAGUUAAGGCCUAAAUGGGUUUCCAUAAAUUUGUGUUCUUUGUGUAGUUUUUUCUGCGCAAUUAGGUCAAAAAAUCUUAAUAAAGACACAAAAACAUGUAUAGUUAUAAAUCUUUCUAGUGUUAAAAAUACAUGCUAAAAGAGAAUGUAUACCUGUCAUGGCUGCUAAAUGGAAAAUCAAUUAAUCAUAAUUUUACAUUAAGUUUUCGUUGUAGUGGUUAUCAAUUUAUGCAGUUUAUACAGUUUAUACUAUAUGUGUUCCUUCGCGUUCUACAAUUCUUUCAUAAAAUUGCCUCUGAGUUCCUGCAACAAUAGUAGGAUCUUCUCUGAGACACUUUCACGUCGUGUAUUUCCGUACAUAAGCUCGAUUAUUUUCGAACAAGUCGGGUGUUUCCGACAUGGUAAUUCUUAAUACUGUGGGAGUUGUUAGAUGCCAGUACAAUCUGUGCAGCUCUGUGGAAUGU